CUCUUUUCCUCUCUCACAAGUCGUAUAAUUUAUAAAAUAGAAAAUAGAAACCAAACGAGGGGAGAAAAGUAGUCGUGGUGAUAUUUCCAUCACAACAUACCAUUUUAAUUUUUGUCCCAAUAAAUAAUAAUAAAUAUAAAAGGUAUAAAAAGGAAAAAUACCUCUUUUUAUUUUUUUCCCCCUCUCCACUCUUUCCCUGUACUGUGUGAGUCUAUUCGUCUGGGUGUCGUGGCGGCGACCCUUUGCAAUUCUGCAAUCUUUCUCGAUACCUCUAUAAACCCUUCCUUCUCCAGGAACUCUCCUUCUACAAUAAGUUUCCUGAAUCACUAUCCAAUUUUGAUUUCUCUUUUUUUUUUGUUUUUUAUUUUAAUUGGGGAUAAGGGUUCUUAAUCUCUUAGGAAUUCUUUUAGCAAAUUAUAUUCAAGAACAGCUUCAGUGUUGUUCUACUCUUUUUUUUUUUUUUUUGGUUCUUCUUAUACUUAAAAUUAAAAAAACGACUACUUGAUUUGGAUUGUAAGAGAAGAAGCAAACGUCACUUGGCACAAGGACUCAUCCAGAAGGGAUAGAGAACGUGUUUUGAAUUUGAGGAAGUAGAGGGAAAAAAAUUCGAUCUUGGGUCAUGGCAGCCAUAGCUCAAUCCUCCGGUCGUAUCCUUCGACACCCUUUUAGUUUGUUGUGUGUUUAUCUGCUUCCUUGAUUCGAGUUCUAUUUGUUUUUGCUGUUUUUUUUUGGUUAAUUAUUUCUUAUUAUCUGGGUUUAUAGAGGGUUUAUGAAUUUUGUGCUUUUCGUUUCUAAUUUCUUUUUGGUUACGAUUUGUUCUGAAAAUGUCUUCUCAGUGAUUUAUGGGGGGUUUUGCUUUCUUUCGCAAAGCUUCCUUAAUUUUGGUUAGGCGUCUCUAUAGUAGCUGAAGAAUAAGCCUGUAAAAGCGGGUCAUAAUGGAUUGUUUGUUUGAUGGAUGUUUGGUGAAUCAAUUUCAUGAUUGCUGGAUGCUAUUCUUUAACUGUUAAUCAUCUCAGAAGCAGCAGAUUUGCUACAGAAACUAACCUUGGAUUCGCUGGACAAGCCUCUCCAAGCUGCCGAACCUGCAAAGAAGGGUUCUGCUGUCAAGUAUGGAGUUGACGUGGCAGGUAGUCAGAUGAAUGGUUUUAGCAAACCGUUUGAGAGGACUGCCAGUCCUCAUCCCGACUUUAUGAACCCCAGUAUGUUCUACAGUCCAAGUGGAUAUCCAUCUUCAACAUAUUAUUACGGAGGUUUCAAUGGGUCAUCUGUUGGCGACUGGGACCACUAUGGAAGUACUAAUGGGGUUGAGAUACCUCCUGGUGUGUAUGGAGAUUACCAAAACAGUUACAGCUAUGCACCUUAUGGCACAUACUCAUCUACUGGGUGUACUCCUGAUACUGCGCUUUAUGGACCCCAGCACUUCCAGUAUCCUACCUGUUACAUCCCGCCUUCUGCUGUUAGCAACGGGACUUACGUACCCAAUGGAGUAAACUCUGCACAAAAAGAUUCAACAUCUCUUGCUGCUGAUUCUGUGCAGCUAUCAACAGGAACGGUCAAAGUAAAUCAAAAUUUUUCUGCAAAUGAUGUCCUCUCCAAUGACAUGUCAAAAUCAUCCAGACCAAACUAUCACAAUCCAAAUGUGAAGUCGAAUGAUUUCUAUGGAUGGGGAGGCUUGUCAACAGUGGGUUCGGCAAACACAUCAACAUUCUCGUAUGGGCAUAACUAUGCUCCUGUGAGGAAUCAAAAUCUGAGUCAUCUUCCACAUUAUAUGGGUAUGCAACAACCAGCAGCAGGAUCUGGAAUGGACCGCACUGGAUACGUGAGUCGGAUGUAUCCCAGUAGUCGGAUGUUUAAUCAAUACCCAAAUGCAUCUAGACGUGGUGCAGGGUAUUUUUCCAGUGGCUAUGAACCCAGGAUAAAUGGCCGCGGCUGGUUGGCUGUUGAUUACAAGUAUAGGUCGAAGUUUCGUGGGAAUAACUUUACUGGAUCUGGUAAUGAAAGUCUCAAUGGCUUAAAUGAAGUAAACAAGGGACCUCGUGCUAGAGUGUUCAAGGAUCAAAAGGAUUCUGACUCCACUACUUUGGAGGUUGGCAGCCUGAGUGUUACUUUGAAGAGUGUUACUUUGGAUGGGAAAAGUGGUGAGGAUAAUUCAAUAUGUACAGAUAGGGAGCAAUACAACCGAGAUGAUUUUCCUGAGUCGUACUCAGAUGCUAAGUUCUUUGUAAUAAAAUCGUAUAGUGAGGAUGAUGUCCAUAAAAGCAUUAAAUAUCGUGUGUGGACAAGCACUCCGAAUGGGAACAAAAAACUUGAUGCAGCAUUUAAGGAAGCUCAAGAAAAGGAGAAAUCCGGUGGAUGCCCUGUGUUCCUCCUAUUCUCUGUUAAUGCAAGUGGCCAGUUUGUCGGUCUUGCUGAAAUGACUGGUCCAGUUGAUUUUGACAAAAGUCUGGAACAUUGGCAGCAGGACAAGUGGACUGGUUGCUUCCCUGUAAAGUGGCAUCUUGUGAAAGAUGUUCCCAAUACCGUGUUGCGGCACAUUACUCUGGAAAAUAAUGAGAAUAAACCUGUGACAAACAGCAGGGAUACUCAAGAGGUUAUGUUAGAGCAAGGGAAUGAAAUAGUUAAAUUAAUAAAAGGUCAUUUAAGCAUUACGUGCAUUCUGGAUGAUUUUGAGUUCUAUGAAGGGCGUGAAAAGGCGAUGCAAGAGAAAAAGGCUAAGCAGCCGCAGUUUAAUAAGCAUCAGGUUGGCGAUUCCGCAGUACUUGGCUCGGACAAGACUGAAAUAGCAAGUAAACAAGCAGCGCAGACAUCUGUUAGCAGUAGUUCACCAUUGCCGGAGGAGUCAGAAGCUGCAAAAGCUACUUAAUUUUGUCUCUGAAAUUAUCAAAUUUAUAUUUGAAAAGUUGAUCUUCGCUUCUUUUUUUUCCAUAUUAUUCUCUUGUCGCAGUAAGUUUUUCUUUCAGAAGAUAUAGAUGAUAGGAUAGAAAAGAGACUACUGCAGCAAUGAUCUGUUGACUGCAUUUGGUUUUACAACAAUGAAAUUUGCAUCUUUUCGCUUUUUUCUUCAUCUUUUUUUUUCCCUUAUAUUGAUUGCUGAACCUGCAUUCUUCUCAAGUAUUGUGCUUUAAUUAGCAUCAGCUUAUUGUUUAUGUCUCGUUUCCUUAACCUUAUUGCCCCCGAAAACCAUCAGCAUAGUAUUGGGCUGAAGACUUUUGAACAUCUGCUGUCCAACACAGAAAUUAAGACAUUUCUGCUUCUAGGUGGUCUCAGGUUUCAGCGAAAUAGAGUUUUUCUUGAAGAGCCUUCCAAGUUUUCAGCAAACGAUGAUGAAUUGUUAUUAGCUUGGUUGUUUUUUGUCAUUUGGUUUGGUGGUUGAGUGAAGUUAAACUAGUGAUCUGUUAGCUUCACACAGUGCAAAAUCAAUCGCAAAUGAGCAUCAGACUUCAAAAAUACUACAAAACAAGAUCAACAGGCACAUUUCUUGUUACAAACAACAUAAUCCAACUAAUUACAUUCUUGCAAAGUACUUCAGUUUUUUGUUUUGAUCUUAAAACACUGCUUACUGCCAUAUGCUUUUUAUGUGCUGAAUGUGCCUGAAAUCCCAAUUCAUCACCACAGGUCCAUCCAUUCUCCUGAUUACAAAGCUUUCAACCAGCACAUAGCAUCCAAAUUCCUUCCAACCACCAUUUCCUUGAUACUGUUCUGUUCUCUCUACCUUUAAUUGCCUUUCUUUCCCAGCUUUCCAUCUACCUCUUUCUUGCUCCCAUUUCACCCUUUGGACCAAUUCUACAGUCAGCCCCACUUUUGUUUCCUUUCCCGCGGCGUUUCCCCGACUCCUGAACCAUAUUACCCCGUCUACCACAUUGCUCUCGACCCACUCAGCUCUGUUUCCAGCAACAUACACAGUUUCUCCAUCCAGAUUGACAUCAACAGUCACAGAUUUGCCAUCACAAUACUGAUUUCGACACGAAAAGAUCUGUUCCCACUGUUGCUCUAAUGUCACCUGAUAAAAAGGAGACCUUUUCAGCUGAUCUUUCAAUUUCAUUGCACCUUCCUUCACAAACAUGAAAGGACUAUACCAUUCCCCAACCACAACAGCCUCGGAAGUCUUGUAUGUUGGCGCGAAGUUGAAGUCUGGCUGACGAGCACGUAGGGA